AUGGCGGCGGUGAUCCGCAAGCGCCCGGCGCCGGACGGGCUGUUCUGUCCCGCGGCGGGGGCCGGCGGUCGGGAGAAGAAGCGGCCGCGGUACCAGUUCGGGAGUAUCUACAACUACGAGAAGCUCGAGGUGCUCGGGGAGGGCACCUACGGCGUCGUGGUGAAGGCGCGGGACCUGCGCACGGGCGAGGCGGUGGCCAUCAAGUGGAUCCGCCCUGCCGUCGCGUCCGCCCGCGGCGUCGACGGCGCGGUCGCGCCCGACCUCCGCGCGGUCUUCCGCGAGGCCGGCUGCCUCUCCGCGUGCCGGGGCCACCCCUCGAUCGUGCAGAUGCGGGAGGUCGCCGCCGACGAGGUCACCGGGACGUGUUCAUCGUCAUGGAGUUCGUGGGCCCCAGCCUCGAGAGCCGCCUCACGCGGCGCUUCUCCGAGGGCGAGACCCGCGCGAUCAUGCGCCAGCUCCUGCGCGGCGCCGAGGAGCUGCACGGCGCGGGCAUCAUCCACCGGGACAUCAAGCCGGACAACAUCCUCGUCGGCCCCGGAGGCGCGCUGA